AUGUCCCCAAACAUAUUUUCUCCUUUAGGUUUCAAAAUGGAGAUGAAGUAUCAACAGAAAAUUGAGUCGGGCCGCUGGUGUAAGUUUUCAGAAAGCACUGUGGUACAUGAGGACAUCCCACCUGAUCCUUCACUGGCCUCUGAAUACAUAGACAUAGGAACUUGUCAUGUAGGCACACAGUUCUCCAAGUUUUGGUCACUGCAUGAGGUGACUCCAUUACACACAGAACAAGUCUCACACGGAAUGAACCAUGUGGAAGGGGGUUGGCCAGAAACAAUCAGUGCUGACAAUGAUGAGCUGACUCUACGCUACAGAAAGAAAGUGCAGAAGGAUGAGUCUUAUCAACACACAGUUAUGGAGACUGUUUCUGCUGUGGAAAAUUACAAGCAGAAAGUCCUUGAAAAGUCCCAAGUUUAUUUUAAAGAUAACAGAGUGGUGGUCAAAAGGGAGGACAUGGCAUCAGCAAGGAUCAUAAAUGUGCUCAGAGACCCCAAAAAAGAGAAGCGUGCAGCCACCAGCUUGUCCUGGCACCCGGUUGAUAAUCAUAAACUAGCUGUGGCCUACUCUUGUGUGGAAUUUCAGAGAGCAUCCAAAAACAUGAGCUCUGACUCCUAUAUAUGGAACAUUGAAAACAACAAAAAGCCAGAGAUGACCCUGAAAUCUGUGUCUCCGCUUGUUUGUCUAGAGUACAACCUCAAAAAUAUUAGCAUCCUUAUUGGGGGAAGCUACAAUGGACAGAUUGGCUAUUGGGACACACGGAGUGGCAGCCAACCAGUACAGGUGUCCGCCAUUGAACAUAGCCAUAAAGAUCCUGUCUACAAAGUCAUCUGGCUGCAGUCAAAGAUAGGCACUGAAGCUUUUUCAGCUUCUACAGAUGGUCAGGUACUGUUCUGGGACAUUCGUAAUAUGAGUGAGCCCACCAAGCAGCUCAUUUUGGACCCCGCUAAGAGUAAAAACCUUAACAAUGCAUUGGGUGCAUUCUCAAUGGAGUUUGACAACACUAUGCCCAAAUUUUUAGUGGGCACAGAACAGGGGCUUGUGGUCUUGUGUAAUCGCAAGUUAGAGACCACAGAUGAGCCGAUUGUUUGCACAUACAGCGGUCACCAUGGCCCAGUUUACGCCGUGCAGAGGAACCCUUUCUUCCCAAAAUACUUCUUGACUGUGGCCGACUGGACGGCCCGCAUCUGGUCAGAGGACAUCAGAUUGUCUUCCAUCAUGUCGACCAAAUACCACACAAGCCAUCUGUUAGAUGGCUGUUGGAGUCCAGUUAGACCCGCUGUCUUCUUUACAGUGAAGAUGGACGGCACGUUGGAUGUGUGGGACAUAUUGCUUAAACAAAAGGACCCAGUUCUCAGUCUCAAAGUUUGUGACGAAACUCUGUACAGCAUCCGUGUAAAAAAUGACAGCCCUUUGAUGUGCUGUGGUUCUCAGUUGGGAACAGUCACGCUGCUGAAGAUGUCACCAAACCUCUGCACCCUGCAGAGUAAUGAGAAGGGACUUGUCUCAGAGAUGUUUGAACGUGAGACUAAAAGAGAGAAGAUUCUUGAAGCUUUUUACAAAGAAAGGAAUCAAAUGAAACAGAAGUACCCUAAAGAGGAUGAAGAUGGAAGAGCAGAAUUACAGGAACUGCUAGCCGAAACAGAGACUGAGUUUUUUGAGACUAUUGAUGCGGAGAAGAAGAAAAUACAGGAUGAGAAGAAAUAAAAAAAGGAAAACAGUGUGUGGAGGCAUCCAUGAAUAACACUUCUUCUAAACAUGCCAAAAAAGGAGCCGCUUUCAUUUGCAAAUAAAGUUUUACAUGUUUCUAUCUAAAGUUAAUUGAAAUAGGCACCAAAGUCGUUUGUCCUUUCUAUCCCACACCACCUUUUUAAAUAUGUAUUUUUUUCCA